UUCACCUCAAUGUUGCGACGCAGUUGCGCACUACGCUCCGUGACGAACGGGUGUUUCAUUUGUUAUUUUAUAUCUGUUCUAUAACGUUGUGAUAAUGGACGCGAAAUACGACGUGUUUCCCAAAGUGACGGAUAGGAGGGACAUAGUGGAUUUUGUGAAGGAAGUGGAAAAGUAUCCUUGUUUGUACGACAAGACUUUGCCGGAAUAUGCUAAUAAAGUGCACAACAGGAGAGCCUGGUCGGCGAUAGCUAAACGUUCGAACACAUCAAUACCCGAUUGUCGAGACAAAUGGCGCAAAAUACGAAUAUCUUACAUGAGAUCUCUCAAGCAGCAAGUUAGCGACAAGCCCCCAAUGAGGCCGUACUACCUUACCGAGGUCUUGCACUUCCUCACGCCUUUCCUCAGUGUCCGGCCUAAACAUAACGAAGCCAAGGGAACAGAUUCCUACGAAGCUAAGGAAAUAGACCCCAAAGAAGACAUGAUGGAGCUAGAAAUAAACACAAUAGAAAAGCAAGAGUUAUCAGAUACCAACAGUUCAGUGUGCUCCGACCCAGAGAUAGAAGAACAUAAAGUUAGGGAAAUAACCAGAGUCACAAUUAACGAUAAUACGAUACCAAAUAUAAUGAAUGGUAGGAUAGAAAAUAGUCGUGUAAAUCAAAAUGGUGGUGGUAGAAAUAGUUACAGUGAUGAUAACAACACAGAGUGUUCUCCAAGGAAGAUGUUCCUAUUGUCUAUGUUACCUGAUAUAGAAUCUUUUUCGGAGCCUGAAAUGAGGGUUUUCAGACGGGAGGUGAUAUCAAUAGUUGACAAAAUAAUAAGUCAGCGAUAUUAAAUGGUUCAAAUUUAA